AUGGUACUGUUAAGCCCGUCUAUAGGUGCACUGCGCAAAUUAAUGCGGAUUUGUGAACGGUACGCUGAGGCCCAGGGACUCAGAUAUAACUCGAAGAAGAGUGAACUCCUAGUGUUUAAGGCCGGCAAGAAAGUCUAUGCGAAUGUGCCACCUUUAUAUCUUGGAGGUGUUGCUUUAAAUAGAGUAGAACGUUUUAAGUAUCUGGGUCACUGGGUUUCGGACAACCUCAGUGAUGACGAGGAUGUGGAGCGAGAGCGCAGGGCACUGGCCGUGCGCUGCAACAUGCUGGCCCGAAGGUUUGCAAGGUGUAGUGAUAGUGUAAAAGUAACUCUGUUUAAGGCAUAUUGCCAAUCCUUCUACACCUGCAGCCUUUGGGUCAGGUAUACGCAGCGUGCGUACAACGCCCUGAGAGUCCAGUACAACAAUGCAUUCAGAGUGCUGCUCGAGUUGCCGCGUUACUGCAGUGCCUCCGAAAUGUUUACUACGAGGCGCGUUGAUAGCUUUAAGGCUAUUAUUCGUAAGAGGUGUGCAUCCAUGCUCCGGAGGCUACGAACCAGCUCGAACGGCAUUCUGAGUGCACUGGCGGACCGCUGGGACUCAGCAAUACUGCGCCACUGGAUACGGCUACAUUCUGACUGA